ACUGUCACUUCCUUAUGCCACUUCAAUGUUUCAGUUUGAGCGAAGUAUCCCAGAAGGCACCGCUGCACAAACAAUGUGGUCACAGUGAAUCCGGAUGAGACGGCGUGAUGAGCUCUAAACAACAGAAGUCAUAAUGGAGACGAUUUUACUGUCAAUCGCAGUGUGGCUUACACACUUCCUCACCGUCUCCUCUCUUUAUUUCAACACACCACCACCAAGCACCAUGAGAAGCUACACUGAAACCAUAUUCACCCCUGAAGAAACUACAGAAAUUAUCCAAGAACUCGGGAUACCAUUAAAUUCGACAGAUUUGUCUCCUCCGGUCACGACAACAUGGGACAGCACGAUGACAACAGCUUUGACCAUUGAAACACAAACACAUGCAAGUUUAACUCAAAAUGUGACACCCACAGAGGAAACAACGUCAGUGGGUCCCGAGUCUCAAAAUGACACUAUAGAUGCUGUGAAAGCAGCAGAUGGGGAGAGCAAUACUGUUACGAUCCACACAAAUACAAGUCUAACAGCUACAACCACUUCCUCUGCAAGACUAACAGCCCAAAUGGAAGACAAAAACAAAACAGGAAGAGGGGCAAGUGCACACAACACGAGUUACAACAAUGACAGACAGACCGAAGACAUCUGGAAUGCCACCACAGUCAAGCAGCUCACAUCGGAACCGUUCAACAGUGUCCAAACUGUUGCUUGGACAGAAUGGACGGUGAAUGACACAAUGAAGGCUGAUGAAGAAAAUGAUGAAAUGAGCUCCACCCAGGAAACAUUUGCUAAUUCGGACAAGGACUCAGGCACAACGGGAAGUAACGGUCUCACAACUGGACACAUGGUUCUCAUGCACACAGAGGAACAUUACACAACACCAAACAUAACACCAAACACAACCGACACAACUUCUGCAACAAUAGGAAAUAUUUGGAUAACUUCACAAAAUACAGACAUACCCAUUACUGCAGAUUACACAACAUCAGAUGGCAUGAAUAUUACAGAUGCACCUGAAAAUCAGAGCUUGACACCUUAUAUCAAAAGUGGUAGACGUGGAGAGGACAUUGAGGUUAAUGAAUCUACAACACAGAACACAGUCACAAACUUUACAGCACAAACAAGAAAAGAAAACACGACUCCAUUGGUUACAUUAGCCACAUCCAGUGACACAACCAAUAACAACAAGAGCUCUAUCAUAGCCAAUGUUACACCAGACAACAACACAAAUGGCACAUUGGUCAUAACUGACCCCAAAAAAAGUUUGUUGCCUGAGUGUUUUAUCACAAACUCAAAACAAACUCAACAAUCAAAACUGGUCUGCUUCAUAACACUGUUGACUUUGGCGAUGGUCGCUUCGGUAUUCCUUGGAAUAAGUAUUUUCCUGUAUGUCCGUCUGUCCAUCCUUAAAAAGAGGGUCAGGAUUAGAGGAGGAGGACAAGGGGGAAAGGGAGGGCAGAAGGAGGAGAAGGAGAGCCUGUGGGCCGAUCCCAAAGCAUCAGUCCAGGAGAGAGUGGAAUUCUGGUACGUUAAUGGAUCUACGCUGGAGGCAGACAGGAAGGAGAGAGGAAAACGGAGGGAGGAGAGAGUCAAGGGGAAAAAAGUGGAGCAGAAUAGGUGCGAGAGUGAGUUGUGGAUUCAGCCUGUAGUUACUGAGGAUGACAUAACGGAAUUUUGGCAUGCAAAUAGAAGAAUGAAGGAGGACAGGACACAGAUGAGGUAUUUCUAAAAAAAAAGACUGCUAGAAGAGGGAAUUGAGACUGUUCUACCUCCAGGCCUCUACAUGUAUAUAUAGACACUAUAUGUUGGAAAUAAAAUAUAAAAAACGUUUUGUGAAAAUAUUUUCCUUUGAGGUUGAUUUUCUGGCUUGACUUUACACUUUAACUUACUCAUGUUAGUUAAAGGGAUAGUUCACCCAAAAACGAAAAUUCUGUCAUCAUUUAAUCACCCUCAGUUUGUUCUUUAUACCUGUAUAUAUUUCUUUGUUCUGCUGAAAACAAAGAAAGAUAUUUGUAAGAAUGUCAGUAACCCAACAGAUCCAAUCCCCCAUUUUAUGCCAUAGUAGGGAAAAUAAAUACUAUGUGAGUCAAUGGGGGAUGAGAACUGUUUGGUUACUGACAUUCUUCCAAAUAUCUUCCUUUGUGUUUACCAGACCAAAGAAUGUAUACAGGUUUGAUACAAUUUAAGGGUGAGUAAAUGAUGACAUACUUUUCAUUUUUGGCUGAGGUAUCCCUUGAAUAAAAAUAAAGAAAUAGAAAGUGGCCAAGUAAAGUGGCAGACACAUGACUGGAGAAGGUUUCCCAUAUGGGGAGCUCCACUUUAACCAGAAUGUAUUAGUCUGCCACCUAGACAUAUGAACACUUCUAAGUACAUUACAAAAUGUUCAAUUUGUCCAGUUGGUAUGACCAAUUCUGAUAUUUCUUUUUAAUUUCAUUAUACAAUGAACAGAAAUGUUUUGGAGCAACAUCAUACAAAAUAGAUGGCUUUGUACAUGAACUCCACACCUCCAUCUCUUCUGGUCUCUGAAAGACUAGCAGUGACUUAUCCAAGAAAAAUUCUAGGUUGAUCUCCACUCUUUUUUUUUUGUAAAUCGUGCACUGUUGUCUUAUAGGUACUUUUAACUUUAUAUUGUAAAAGUGAAAUAAAAUAAAAUACAUGUUGAUUAUGAAA